AUGUUUUCAUAAACUUUACUUGCUUUCCUUUUGUGGGUCUAGUUGUGCUCAUCUAAUAUUCUUACAUGUUUUUAUCAAUAUGAUGAUUCCCUGCUUCAAAUUGAUUAUUCAAGGCCACAAUAAAAAACAAUAAAGAUUAAAUCUAACCUAAUUGAGAAUAAUGCAAAAGGGUUUGGAUUUUGGUCAAAAUACAUAGCAAUUAUGGAUUUUGAUUCUUUUACUCAAUUUACUAGACCUUGUGAUCAACAGUAUGAAUUUAUGGGUUAAUGUAUUUUUAAUGGAUUUUUUUUCAUGAAAAUCCUAGAUUAAAAUCAAGAUAAUGUUGCAGCUGUAAUUCUCAAUAUGAAGGAUGAGCCAAUAAGCUUGACUCAUGAAAUAUACUUGUUUGCAGUAGGUCCAAAUGAGUAUUAAUAAGCUAAAUUUAAUUUUGAAGCCAGCCGAUAUCAAAAUACUUGGUAUUACACGUCAAUUGUUUAUUAAGAUAUCGAUCAUAAAUUAAGAAUAUUUACAAAUUUUGAAUAUUAAGUCUAAUCAUUCGAUUAUCAGAUUAUGACUGAUGAAAUAACCAUCCUUUUGGGAGGCUAUGAUUAAUAAUUAUAUAAUAACUACGUUUUUGAUGGAUACUAAUUACUCUUUUUUAAGGGGUAUUUUUCACCAAUACAAGAAUAUGAUGAAUUUGGAUAUUCUAAUGACUUUUUUUAAGGCCUAUUUACGUAAUGCCUAUUUUAAGAAUAGCUCACAUACACCAAGAUAUAUGAUGAGAAUGCAAUAAUAGAUCCAAGUUAAUAACAAUCAGAUGAUUUCUCAACUUUAUCUUACCAGUAUCAAAUUGUAAAUAAUCGAUACUUGGUUAAAUGUUGGGUUAAAUAAGAUUACCAGGAGGUACUAAUACCGAUAUCAUUUUAAGGCAUUUUAAUACUAUUUAAAUUAGUAUGACCGAACAUAUCUAUAGCUUCGGCAAACACUGUUUCAUAUUGAUUCCUUAAGGUACUUUCUCUAAGAAUUGCAGGGAGAUAGACUUCUCGAUUUAUAUUAUGAAGUAUCAAAUCAAAUAAUUAGGUCGAUUUUGAAAACAAUAAAGAAACAAUUAUCAAAAUUUCGUCAGAAUUCAUUAAAAUACCUGUACUGAUAGCGUAGUAUAGUGAUGAGAACUUAAGACAAUAUGAUACAGUAAUUGUACGAAAGGAUAAUCUAUAUGAAUUAACUUAAUAAUGGCAUUAUAUAAUCAUUGAAUAUGGGAGGAAGCCUGUAAAUGGAGCGAUUUUUUAAAUACAAUUUGUUUUUCUGAAUGAAGAACAUCUUAUUUAUAAUUUAGGAACAUAAGACUAUAACACUUAGUUGCUUGGUUCAAAUAUAAUACAACACAUACUUAGAUAGGAUGAUAAUUUUAUAAAAAGUAGAACAAAAAUUCGUCAUCUUAAGUUUAUCACAGGAUAUCAUGAAGACAACAAUUAAUCAGAAUUGGGUACAGUUAUAAAUUACUUUAGAAUGCCAUUCUAGUUGCAAUGGUUGCUUUGGACCAAUGAACUAUCAAUGUAAAUCUUGCUAUUUAGAAUUCAAUUAUGAAUUGACUUCAUUAAAUGUUUGUGACUGCAAGUAUCUGACAUCAUUCGUUUAAGAACUACAAAAGUGCAAACCUAUUGAAGACUUUGAAUAUUUAUAAAUUUCUUAGGAAAAAUCAUAGAUUUUAUGCAAUUUUGGAUAUUUCUAAGCAAAGCAUAAUAAUGAAAUAUAUUGCAUUUAGUGGUACGAUGAAUUCUAAAAUUAUUAGUCCAGAAUAUCAAAAAGAGAGAUUGCUAUGUGGCGAUUGCUAUCAUUAUUCAACAACAUGGUAUCUGAAGCCAGUUUGUACAUUUGAUUACAUAUAAUAAUCAGCAGAAUAUCCUUUUAUUAAAAUUGUGAGAUAAAACAUUCAUUACGAUGUUUAUUAUUUAGACGAUUUAAUAUAACUACAACUUCUUUAAGGAGCUGCUGAUUUUUGUGACGACACUUAAGAAGAUUGCUAAGUUAGUCAAAAUUAUCAUCUAGGAUAAUAAAUCAGAAUGAAAUGCAAAAAAAAUCAUUUUUUCGAAAAUAACUAAUGCUAGAUUUGUGAUCCAUAUUGUAUUGAUUGCUAAUCUAAGGAUAUUUGCAUUAAUUGUAUUGAGACUCAUUACUUCAAUGCUUUAUCUUAGAAAUGUGAAUUCUGCCCUUAAGAAUGCUUAACUUGCACCAGAGAUAAUAAUACUGAAACUGGUUAUCGAUGCUUGACUUGUAGCAAGUAAGAGUUAAUUAUUGAUAUUUUCAAGGUUUCAUGCAUUGACCUAGGAUGGGAGAUGUUAAUAAUGUGGAUUUGACUGUGAGUAUUGUAGAGAAGAUUAUAAUAUAAUAGCAUAAUAAUAUUUCAUGAGAUGCUUAAAAUGUACUGAUCAAAAAGUAAUGGCCAUUAGAUUUGAUGGUAUUAAUUGCAGAGUAAUUAUCAUUUAAAAUUGCUAAUAUGUGAUGCUUGUUUCCAGGGCUAAUAUUUGGGCUUAUUCUACUUAUGAUUAUAAUUUUGAACCUAAAAACGAUAUUGAUGAUGAAUUUCCUAUUUGUGGAUAAUGUGAAAAUGGUUAUGGAUAUAAUUUUUACGAGGAACUAUGUGAACCAAGGUUUUAUGAUGCAAAUUGUGUUUAGUCUUUUUAUACUCAAAUGCUUUAUAAUGGUGCCAUCUAUGAUUAUCAAUAGUUUUGUCUGAUUAGUAAUUAUUAUAGUGGUCCUGCCACUUAGGGAGAUGAGUGCACAUCAUAAAUUGCGAAUUGUAAACUUUGUUAUAAUCCAUCAUAAUUUUAACCUUCCUUUUUUUGUAUUGAAUGCAAAUAAGGAUAUUACUCAAAUCAUUCUACUGGAUAAUGUUCUGUGUGUGCAGAAUCUUUAAAUUGCAACACUUGUUACAAUUCUAUAAAAGAAUUUAAUGAUUCAUGGAAAUUGAAUCUUUAAGCUUUCAAUUAAUUUUUGAAAUAAUAAUACAAUUAAUAAUAUUUUGUAUUUUAAUCAUUCUAUACUAAUAGUUUACCCAGGAUGAGAGCAGUAAUCCUUAAGACUAUUAACUAAUAUGUACUUCAUGUAAGACUGGCUUUAAGUUGUAGGAUGGAAAAUGCAUUAAGUAUUGUGAUUCAGACUGUCAAAAUUGUUAAUACUCAGAUGGAUAAUAUUAUUGUUAUUACUGUGGGAGGAAUAAUUACCACAAUUUAUUGAGUUUAAUUCAAUAUAAAUGUUCAAAUUGUCCUAGUUAUUGUGAAUUUUGCAGACAAAGAUCAUUUGAUGAAAUGCUGUCAUUAAAUUCUAAUUUUGUUUAAAAUUAAAAGAAUUAAAUCUAUUCUUAUUAAUGCCUUAAGGCCUACUCCUUUAAUCAAAAUCUAAAUUAUGAUUAGGAUUUUGGAUAAUUUAUCCCUUGUUAAAAUUAAAUUGGCUGCGAAAAUGUUAUUAGUUUCUAUAUGAAUCUAUACUGUGUUGAUGAUGAUUACUAUAGUGCAUUAUCUUUAAUUAGUGAUUAGAAUCAAUAAAUUUAAUUCAAAAUGAAGAACAUACUAUUUGAUUCCUUGUUAUAAUCUAGUCCAAAAUAAUCUAGUUUUAUUGAUGUAAAGUAUAUCUAUUAUUUUAGAUUGAAAUAGAUUCAAAAUUUGAAAUCAUGAAUAAGAAAUUUAUUAAAAAAGUCAGAAUUUAUAUCACUUCCAAUCAAGAAUAGACUUGUUCAGUUAAUUAGAUAAGUUACAUCUCUUAAAAAUUUUCCCAGAACGUUUUUAGUCUAAUGUAAAUAUUUUCUUAUAAAAAGUGAUGUUUAAUUAAUAAUUUCCUCUUAAAUGGAAUAACCUCUAAAAAUCAAAGUUUUUCAAGAGCUGCACUUUUUGGAUUUUUCAUUUAUACGAUUUGAAAAUAUUUAAUUUGAAAUCCAAUAAUCUACAAAUUUACUAUUAUUUAGUGUUGAAGGAUUUAAACCAAUUAAUUUAGAAAUGGAAAAAAUAGAAUUUUAAUCCUCUGUGAAGAAAUAACCAUCAUCUCUCAUAUUUCAAGGCAAGUAAAUUUCUAAAAUAAAAUUUAAUGAAAUUCAUCUUAAAGAUUUAAUUUUUAAAAAUGAAAACAUAACAAGCAUCUUUUAGCUAUAAUUCUUAUCAUCCAAUGCAUUAAUUUAAAUUAACAAAUUUUAAAUCUUGAAUUGUAUUUUUCACAAAGUUAAUGUAUUUGAAUUCUAAUCAAAUUAAACAAUUACAAUAUAAUUUGAUCAAAUAAAGAUAUAAGCCAAUUUAAAUGUUAGUUCAUUAUUAACAACAAAAAUCAAAGAUAUAAACCUCUUAACCAUUUCAAACUUUUUAAUUUCUGGUUAAAUGUAAAAUUCAGAGCCUUUUAUAAGUUUAAACAAUACAGAAAUUGCUUAAGUUGAAAAUCUAACAUUAAGUGAUAUGACACUUAUAGAUUCAAUUUUUAUGUAAUUUGAGAAGUAUGUGAUAAUCAAUAAUAUCAUUAUUAACUAAUGCAAAACUAUUGGAAUAGUUUACAUUAUCUGUAACUUUAUACCUAAAGAAAUGAGUAAUCAAACUCAUUUAACUUACUUUAUGAAUCAAAUUACAAUACAGAAUUUGAAUUCAAAUUAUCUCUCAUAAAUAAUAUACUUACAACCAUUUCACUCUGCUCUAUCAUCAGUAGACAUAAAGAAUAUUCUAAUUUUUAAUAUUUCUUUAAAUAACCAAAAUAAUGUUUAGUUCGAUUAAUAUGAGUCCUCUGUCAUACAUAUCGAAUUGCAAAUUGUGAGAAUUUAAUAUUGUACAAUAAAAAGAGGAUAUGGAUUCAUUUAAUUUUUAUUAAAAAAUAUUUAAAUAUUAGAAAUCAUAGAUUUACAAGCAUAAUAAUUGAAGAGACAUUAAUUGCAUUAAUUUUAUGAUUGCUCUGAUUUAAAUCCUAAUCAUUAUAAAAGUAUUAUCAAAUUAUCUGAUGUACAAAGCAUUCAUUUCGAACAGUUUUAUAUCACUGAUUUUAAUGUGAUAAACUCUGCCCUAAUUGUAUUUUAAAGUUAUUCUUAAUUAUUGACUGAAUCUAAAUAUCACUUAACAGACUUCAUAGUCAAAGAAAAUAUUAUUAUUGUAUCUAAAUCUUAAGAAAGUGCUUCACUAAUAUAUAUUGAUAGUAGAUUAAAAACCUAAGUCACUCUUGUUAAUAUAGAGAUUACACGAAAUUAAUUACAUAAUUAUGGAUAAAACUUAUUCAUAUUUUCAGCCGUUGGUGUCUUAAUAAAUUGUCCUUCUGGAGACAUUAAAAUGGAAUCAAACAUAUUCAACUCAAAUUUUGCAACUAACUCAACAGACACUAUUACAUACAUCUUUGCAAAAUCUGUAAUCAUGAAUUCAGUAUAAUUCUUCAAUAAUUCCAUUUAUAACAUAGAUUUACUGUUAAAAAAUAUUAUUCUUAGUUUUCCCAGAGAUGAUAUUGUUAGGUUUAGUAAUUUAAAGAAUAUCUUUCCAUUAAUUAGUGAAGUAGGAAAUUCAUAUCUUUAAGCUGAAACUGUAAUUGUUUAAAAUUGUUAGGUUGAAAAUUCUUCAGGAAAGAACGGAGUGGGGUUUUACAUAAAUGCACUCAUUAUAAAAUUCAUAGAUGUAGAUUUUAAAAAUUUAAAAACUCAAUUCAAAAAUAAUGAAGAGCAUGGAGCUUGUAUUUUUAUUGACAUUCCAUCUCAGAGCUCUUAAAUUUUUCUUUCACACAUCAGUGUCUAAAACGUUAUUUCCAAGGAUUAUGGAGGCUUUCUCUAUAUAAAAUCAGAUCAUGAUUAUUUGAAUCUUACCCUGUAAAAUCUCACCUUAUAAAGAUGUUUCUCUUCUAAAGGAACAGUACUUUAUGCAUCUUUUUAAAAAACUUCAUUAUCAAAUAAAUUGAACAUUCUAGAUGUCAACAUAAGAGAUUAAUUCACUGCCUUAUAUGAUUACUUUUAAUAAAUGAUUAACAAUCCAACUAUCUAAAUUAAUCUAAAUAAUAGAACUUCAUUUUAUGCUGAAAAUUCCGUUAUGAACUUUACAAAUAUACACUUAUCAAAUGUGUCAGGAGAAUCAUUAUUCUAUUGCAUAGAUUAAGGAAAUAUCCUUUUGAAUUAAAUUAUUAUUAUUAAUGGCACGAUGCCAAAAUAAAGCCUAUUAUACAUACAACCUAGAAAUGGUAUAAAUUAUAGUUAUUUAAAUAGAUUUGGAAACUGUGAUAAGUAUCAAGGGAUUGCAAGUUAAGAACGUAUUAUAAUAAAGUACCUAAGGUGAGAGAUGUUAAUUACCUAAUUAAGCUAAAUCUAAAAAAAUUUAAAAUAUGUAAUGUUAAUUUGAACUUCCAAAUAAUAAUUUUGAAAGAGAUAUCGAUAUAAUUAGUAACCAAUUAAUGGAUUGCCUAUAUAAUCAAUAUCUUUAUUCAUAUUCAAUUUAGUAGCAAGCCAUUAUAACCAUAACCUAGAUAAAAGACUGUGAUAUUAUCAAGCUUUAGGACAUAAGUUUCAUCAACAACGAUAACUCUUUAUCGAAAAGCGGAGUCGUGUUUUUGGAAUUGAAUAAGUAAAAAUAUAAUACUUAUUAAAUUUCAAUAAAAAAUGUGAAUAUAAGGGAUAAUUAAUGCGGCUAAGUUGGUUGCAUAUAUCUAAACUCAGAUAUUUAUAAUGAAAAGUCCACCUUAUUAUUUAAUCAACAUAAUCGAAUCUUACAAAUAAGUAAAGAAUAGAUAUUAGCAUAACUUAAACAUGAUGUAGUUAUUGUUAAUUAUAAAUGUUUGGGUAAUUCUGCAGAAUUUGGAACAUGUUUAUUUUCAAAUUAAUCCAAUAUACUAAUAUAAAAUUCAAUUCUACAAAAUAAUUAAGCAAAACAAAUUGGAGGAACUAUUUAUUUUAUAGGAUUAGAAUCCAGUUUAUUUUUAUUGGACUCUCAAAUCUUAAGAAAUUCGGCACAAAUUGCAGGUGCAAUCUUUUAUGAAAAUAGUAUAAGUUAAGAUAUGCGAGGAUUCGAUACUAGUUUUUCUGAAAAUCAUGCAUCUUUUUUUGGAAAUGAUCUUGUUUAAUCUCCAGAACAUUUAUCAAUUACAUUAAAUAAUUAUAGAAGCACUUUUAACACUUAUGCAAUUAAGAAAAAUAAUGACUCAUGGUAUGAAUAAUUAGCUAAUUCGAACACUGAUAACUAAGUAAUUUUUUUACCUAGUGGUACUCCAAUUCAGAAUUAUCAAUAAUUUAACUAGGAUACCUAGGAAUUAUAAUCUUUGGCCUUAACCUUUAGGAUUGUUGCCUUAGAUAACAAUUAUUCUAAAUAAUUUAACUUGAUUAAUUCAAAGUGUGCCAUUGAAACUAAGUUGUUCGAUUUGGAAUAAUAAGAAUUCAUUGAUGUUUAUAAUCAAACAUUCAUAUCUCAAAAUUCUGUCUAUUUUAAUACAACAACAAAUGAUUACAAUCUAGAUGAUUUGAUUAUUCUAUUUGAUAGUGAUAAUACAAAUAAAAAAUACUUAUAAUUAGUAAUAACAUGUGAUAGCAUCAAAAUAAAACAAUAUGAUGAAAGCAAUCUCAUUAUCAAAUCAUUCCACACUAAUUACAAACUAUUCGUCAAUAUUAACACGUAUAAAUGUAGAGUAGGAGAAAUCAAGUCUUUAACAGAUAUGUCAUGUCAUGAGUGUGCUUCAGAACUAGACCAAUAUUCACUAAAACUUAAUUCAAAUAAGUGUAACAUAAGGGAUGAGCAAACGACCUUAAAUGUCACUUCAUUUAAACUAAAUCUAAGAAAAGUAUGGAAUCUAUUCUUAUUCAAUCUAGGGUUUUUGGAGACCAUACUUUGAUAACAAUUAAAUUGAAGAAUGCUAUAAUUUAAAAGAGAAUUGUAUUGGAUAAUGGGAUUAUGGAGAUAGUUCAUGUUACUUAGGUCACAUAGGAGCAUUGUGUGAGUAAUGUGAUAUCCAAAACACAAGAGGACAGGGAAAAUUCUCAAAUGCUUAGCAAUAUACUUGUGGAUCUUGUGAUGAAAUUCGAUAUAAUUUGCUCUAAAUUGCUGGGUUCAGUACUUGGUAAAUUAUGAAUCAUAUUUAAGGACAUUAAUAACCAUCGUUCUUAGUGUUAAAGGGGCAAUAACAAAUCAAUAUUAUUUCCUAGAGUCUCCUUACUUAAUCAAGAUCUUUACCAACUAUUUAUAGAUCAUAAGUUCCUUAACUUCAUUUAAGUUAAAUUUGCCAGUCAGCUAUUUUUAUUUUUUAAAUGGAGUUGGAAGUCCAAUACAAAGGAUUUCUUAUUCAAUGGAUUGCUAUUUAAGUAUUAUAAUUAAAUAUUGUAUAGUUAAUUUAUCCUAUUUGGAUAUUCAUUAUAUUAGAUUAAUUUGGUAAUUAAUACUUCCAUGCAUUUACUUUUUAAUCCUAGCUUUAUUCUAUUCUUUCCUCAUCUAUCUAAAUCAAAUUAAAUAUAGAGGGCCAAUUGUAAUGACGGCUAUUAUCUAUAUGUACAUUUACUUUUAGCCCAGCUUAAUCGGAUCACUAAUUGCUUUAGUAUCAACUCGCUAAAUUUCAGGAGUCUCCUGGAUCUAAGCCAAUGUUGCUUAUAAAUUUGAUACUCUUGUGCAUAAAAGAUGGGUCCUAACAUUUUGCACUCCAUUCCUCUCAUUAUUUGGCAUUAUAAUACCUUUGGGAUUACUAUUUGGAAUGUACAAUUAAAGACAUAAACUCAUUUACAAAAGAGGCAAAAGUCUAUUUGGAUAUCUUUAUUAUGAGUACAAGCCAUAGGCCUACUUUUGGGAGAUAAUUAAGAUUAUAACAAAAGAAUUAGUUAUUUUGUUUCUGAUCUUUUAUGAAGACUCAAUAAUAUUAAAAGGUUCACUUAUUUAUUUUAUUCUUUUAUUUUAUUAAUUAUUAAACCUUAAAUACUAACCUUUUAAGUCUUACAGAUUGAAUCUGCUGGAUUAUUAAUCAACAUUGAUUUGUGGAGCAUCAAUCAUUUUGGGAAUAGGACUUAAUAUGGAAUAUGAAUUUAAAAGCAUUUCCAACAUUUACUUUUUUGCAUUGUUUAUUAUCAAUAUAUUUAUAAUUGCCAAAUUAUUGCUUUGCAUCAUUAAUUCGUAUGUUAAUGAAAUGGAGGACAAAAUUGAUGUAAUUAAGAAAAAGAUUUUAUCACUUUUACCUAAUUCAUUAAGGAUGAGUCAUCAAUGUCAAAGAAUACUGCAACUCAAUGUUGAAAGAAGAAAAAGGGUAACAAAUAACUUUAAGAGAAUGAAAUCCGCUUAUAAACAAUUUUAACAAAGAUCUAAACAGUCCUCCAAUCAAUAAUUGUUUAAUACAAUCUCAAUUUAGUAGAUAACCUAAAGAACAACGUAAUAAAUAUCAUAAAUUAAUUUAGAAGUCAACUCACUGAAAGGGAUCAAGGCACUAGCUAAAAUGCACUAUUAUCCUAAUAAUAAUAGAAAUGA